AUGACAGCUCAGGAGAACGCAGCCGCCGUUGCGGCGCCGACGCUGCCCCACUCGGACAGCGAAAGCUUCAGCGAGAAGGAUCUCAAGGACAGCAUCUCGGACGAGAAGAAGGUCGACGUCGAGUCGCAUUCCGUUCUGGACGACGAUGUCGGUUCGGAGAUCAUCGUGAAGGAUGAGGACGUCGCGCUUGAGGUCAUCUCGGCCCAAGACGAUCCUACCCUGCCUACUUGGACCUUCCGUACGGUCUUUUUGGGUAUCGGUCUUUCCGCGUUCACUUCGGUGCUCUCGACGAUCUACACUUUCAAGCCUCAGAACGCUACGGUCUCGCAGCUCUUCUGCUUGAUCAUUGCGUACGUUCUUGGGACUGCCAUGCAUAGUGUUAUGCCCUCCAAGGGCUUCUGGCGGCACUUGAACCCGGGGCCGUUCAACAUCAAGGAGCACACGGCCAUUGUCAUCAUGUCAUCGACCGCCUCCACCGUCGCUGUGGCCAUGGAGAUCAUCGCGGCCCUCGACUUGUUCUACAACCUGAAGCUCAACGCCGCCGUCGCCAUCUUCCAAAUCUUCGCCAGCCAGAUGAUCGGUUACGGUAUCGCCGGUCUCCUCCGCACUCUCUUGGUAUACCCGACAUACGCGUUCUACCCGAACUACAUCUCGGUCGUCAACUUGCUGCAGAGUCUGCACUUCGGCGGCGUGCUCAACCACAAGAAGCGUCGCUACUUCUGGAUUGUGUUCGCAGCGAUCUUCUGCUGGGAAUGGAUCCCCCAAUACCCUUUCCCCCUUCUUACGGCCAUCUCCAUCGUCUGCCUUGCGGACCGUGGUCGUCACACCUUCGUCAGGAACUUGUUCGGCGCUGGAUCUAGCAACGAAGGCAUCGGGUUGUUCAGCUUCGGCACGAGCUGGACGCUCAUCACCCAGGGUAACCCCUUGGUGUGGCCGUGGCGUACUCAGCUCAACUCGUACCUCGGCAUGGGCAUCAGCUACCUCGUCCUCACGCUCGCGUACUACAACAACUCGUUCAACGGGCGCAGCAUCCCGUGGAUGUCGCAGGCGCUCUUCAACGACGAGGGCGGGUCUUACAACCAGACCGCGAUCCUGACCCCCGAGAACAACGUCGACCCGUCCAAGCUUGCCACCGUCGGUCUCCCGCGCUACACCACCACCUACGUGAUCUCCCAGAUGUGCUACAACUUCAGUCUGGGCGCCGCGAUCGUGCACGUUCUUCUGUGGCACUGGCCCGACCUGAAGAGGGCCUUCGGUGGCAUGCGCUUCUUGAAGUCCAACCAGGACAUCGACGACCCCCACUUCCAAGAGAUGAAGAAGUACAAGGAAGUGCCGCAGUGGUGGUACAUGCUUCUCUUCGUCGGGUCUCUUGCCAUUGGUAUCGGCUGCAGCUACAACAAGGGCGACUGGCUCCUGCCCGCGUGGAGUGUCCUCCUGUUCACCGUCAUCAGCUGUUGCAUCGCUAUCUGCAUCGGCUUCAUCGCCGCCACCACCGGCUUCCAGAUCCAGAUCAAGUUUGCGAUGAACAUUCUCGCUGCCUUCGUGCACCCCGGCAAGCCUGUGGCCGUCAUGUACGUCAACUUGUACGGCAACAGUACCGCGUACCAGACGCUCGCCAUGUUGCAAGACCUUAAGCUCGGCCAGUACACCAAGAUCCCUCCCCGCGCGACGUUCGCUGCGCAGAUGGCUGGCUCGAUCAUCGGUUCUAUCUUCAACUACACCAUGAUGAUCAGCAUCGUCAACAACAACCGCGAGGCCCUCAUCGACCCCAUCGGCACCCGUAUCUGGAGCGGCUGGAUUAUCCAGGGCUACAACUCGUCCUCGGUCGCGAUGGGCGCGCUCGGCAAGGAGCUCUUCGCGUACGGGAAGCCAUACUACCUCAUCUCCUUCGCGAUCUUCAUCGGCCUGCUCUUCCCGAUCCCCUUCUGGCUCGUGCACAAGUUCUCCCCGCGCGGCUCGUGGAUCGGGCGCGCGGCCGAGUACAUCAUCACGCCCAUCCUGCUGCUCUACAUCGGCUACCUGCCGUACUCCGUCAACGGCCAGUGGUGGACGUGCCUCGUGCUCGGGUACGCCGCGCAGGUGUGGGCGCGCUCGCGCCGCCCGAAGUGGUUCAAGAAGUACAACUACCUCACGUCCGCCGCGCUCGACGGCGGCUCGCAGGUCAUCCUCUUCAUCCUCUCCUUCGCUGUGUUCGGCGCGAGUGGGAACGCGGUGUCCUUCCCGAACUGGUGGGGUAACCCUGGCGAGGGCUUGUCGGUGGACAGAUGCAUGUCGACUUAG